AACAAAUUAUGUCUAAGGUAAUAACAAAAUCAAUUCUAUACUUCUUCAAUAUGCCUGCUAAGGGAUCAUGGCGUUCUCGCAAUGUACGAAGUGUUCUUCAACUAGUUUAUCGAUACAGAUUUCGUUCCUCCGAUAAUGUUUCGAUCGGACAUGGAUCCAGUUCUGGUUCUAAAGUUCCUGGCAAUAUUGGUUAUGGAUUUAAUCCAAUGCAUCCAGGGUUGCAGAUGUAUAGUACUAAUGGCGGAGCAUGGAACAACCUUGAAGCCAACAAGGUGAAGGUAACCAAGGAUGAGAUGGUCAGAGCACCAGAACCUGAUCCUUCAAGAUUUAACUUCUCUACUUGGGCAAAAUGGAUGUUGGGCUCUUUUUUAUCUAUCUUACUGCCCUUUUGGAAGCAAAAAUGGGAGAAAUUGAAGAUGAUAGAAGGGCAGACAGAAAUGAUGAUACAAGAGGUGGAAACAGUAGUAAAUGUAAUAGAAAAAGCAGCAACAAUGGCAGAACAUAUUUCAUCAGAGAUUGCUCAAAAACUUCCAGAAAAUGGUAAACUUAAAAAAGCUGCAUUGCUUGUAGAACACGUUUCCAAAGUAGCUGCACAUGAUGCUCAUCUUACAGAAGAUAUCAUGCACAAGGUUGAUGAGUUGAAGCAUGACUUUGAUGAGUUGGAGACAAUGAUUGAACCUGCAAAUCUGCAAUUGAAAAGCUCAAAUAACAUAAAAUAAAACACAAGUAAAAUAGAAGCAAAUUCAUGUACAUUUUACGUCCUUAUUUUUCUAAGUAGAAGAAUUUAAUUUUAGAUGUCAAUAAUAAAAAUGCCACUCUAUCAAUUUUUUUAAUAAUUCGAAAUAAUCAUUCUGUGUCCA